AAAGACACAGAGAAAUGAAUACCCAGAGUGAAUCUUAUCGACAAAAGGGACCAAAAUACAUCGGAAUAAAAACCAUGAGUGUGUACAUUCGAGUAUUCUGCCAGUGCAAUGCAGAGAACUUGUCAAUUUGGAGACCUGAUGCAGUCUUCCUAAAUCUCUCGACAUAGUUGGCGUGACUGAAACCAGAUCAGGAACUUCAAAUUCGUCAUCAGUUUGAUUGCAUUUCUCUGGAGUCAGAAGCUGAAGCUGAGUUUCAAAGCCAAGACAUCGACUUGCCGAACACUUGGUAUCCAGAAGGUGCAAGUCAUACGAGGAUGAGAAGGGCAGGAGGAGGACCCCGUCCAGAAGGAUCCGAUGGAUCAGACUUCAGUUAUCGCCAGACUGUGGAUGACCGGUACAAAAAGGCAGCUCAAGGCAAAGUUCUAUUGCGAAAGUACCUUUCCGCGCAGACUGUAUUUCAGCUGCUGAAGGCGGUGAUACUGAUAUUGACAAUUAUGAGCGAUGAAAGACAGAUGGAAAACUUACAGGUCGCUGGUUGCUUUUUCGGAGUAAGUGCAGUAGUGAUCGGCACUCUUGGACUUAAACGGGGCGCAACAAGACUUCUGAAAGUGUACAUCCUCAUGAUGGCAUUGUCUGUGGGUAUGGCCCUCGUACCUCUGACAACGGGAAAUUUCUACGAGAAGAUGGUGACUUUGACCGCUCAUAGAAGCUCCAAGGAUUACAGAAGACUAGCAAUUCUUGGACUGGAGGGAGCACAUGACGUCCUCGGUACCCUGGUCAGUAUUAUGGGGCUUUCAGUAGCUGCCAACCUGGUUGGUCAUAUGAGUCCUCCUAAGAGAAGAUAAUACCUCGAGGUCAAAGUAGAUCACACUGAACAAUAUAUCUCAUCUGACUGAGGCUUUGCCUGGUGAUGUCCCAAAGUCAAAUCACAUUGAUUUCAAGCUCAAUACAAGUUAUGAUUCUACCUAUAGCCCACAUGGGUUGAAGCUCAUUUUUACGCUAUUGCUCUGGCAAGGUCUCUCCACCUCCCGUACCAUACGAUCGCUUGAGGGGUAGUCUAACCUCUCCCAUGAGGAAACUUCCCAAGUCACCGUCCUCCCGCCCUCAGUUAAAAUACACCUGAUUCUUGCGAAAAUCUGAACGGGACUUCAACCAAGAACUACAUUGGCCACAUGAGCAGAGCAAGGCGUUGUUGCCGUGUCGGAUAAUCAGCUCGAGAAUGCAUGAAUGUAUAUUCCUCCGUUGUGUAAGUGAACAUGCCGAUCUAGUGUGAGAUCAGAGUAAACGGGCCUGCAGUGGAAGAAUGAGUCAAGGGUUCAGAAACCUUCGACUUCGAAUCCAGACUCAACCGCUCCGUCUGCGUGUGUUGCCGUACCAAAUUAGAUCUGACCCAAAACAACGACUCUUCCCUCUGGAUCGAGAAUCCAGAUCUACUCGCAGGUCGCUCGCUCGCUCACCAUCAGAACGGGUGGUGCAGGAACAAGAGGGUAAAAAGUUGGGUUCGGAUGAAUGCCCAACUGGAUGGAUCUUGCAGUGAAGACCAUCGGAAGAAGGAAGGCAACCUGGGGGGCUAAAGUUGACCAUUGGCGGAGGCUCGUGGCAGUCAAACCUGGACCUGGACCAAAUCAUAUGAUGGAACGACACGUUCAUGGGGAGGGCACCGACUCUCUAGAAUGUACCUCACGCAAUGUUGGUUUCCUGGGUUCGCCAGCAGAGAAUGGACAUGAAUGAGCUCAGGCGGAGACUCGACGCACGUUUAUCUCAUACGUGCAAAUGGACGUUUCCUCUAGACAACAGAGUCAGGGUAGUUUGACCUGCCGAGAUCGCGUGCCUCCAAUAUUCAAAUCCAGAAUACGCAUGACGCAUUCGAUCGUAGACACUCGCUACCGGUUGAAAAGGUUGGGCUUUAUCCGCGACGGAAGAUGUUUGCGAGCAUUUACUCCCACAAUCGAGCUGCGCACACGGAAAGGAAUCCUCGAAAAGCUUACAAGUCGGUUGCAACUGAACGACGGGAGACCGGAUGGUGGUACUCGCACAGCACGCACGCCAGCCAGCCAGCCAGCCAGCCAGUUGAGUUAUGGGUCGUAUCGCAGGCGGGCUGCGUCAAUAGAUUUUUGAACAUUUCCGGGAUACCUGUGUCAACUUGCUCGGUACUUUAUCGAAAAAUCCGCAUAUUUCGCGUGGGUUGGGUUGGAUUGGGUGACUACAUCAUCAGAUGUUUGCAGACUUGCUCUCCGGGAGAGAAUGUCGUGACCAUUUGGAGUGUCAUGCUCUAACCGACAGCAUCGAAAUCCCUGCCCACUCCGAACGCCCGAUUGCGUUCCGGAGUGUGUUCUCGACAUUGUGCGAGCUGCGUUGCGGAGCUUGCUUGCUUGCGAGCCAGCGAGCCAGCGGGCCAGCGCACGUGUAGAGAAGAGUAUCCGAAAUGCAACUUCCUACGACCGGACCGGACUGUUCUGACCCAUGAGGAUUUAGAGCGGCCGAGCGAGCGAGCGAGCGGUGACAAGAAUGCGGAUGUCGUCCACCUCACGACGCGUUGGCCGCUCCGUACGAGAGCGAGAAUUUCAGAGUGUCAUCAUCUGAAUCCACAAAUCUGACACUCGUGAACAGGAGAAACAGCGCGAGGUCGGAUUUCGUGUUACAUCUCUGGAUAUGAUCCGCGAAUCUGAUCACUCUAGGCAGCAGCAUGUGGCAUGUCAUGUGCGUUGAACGCCUGCCCUCCCCGCCUGCCGAUCGCUGCCCCGCCUCGUACAAUGCUUGGCGAUAUGAUGGCCCCGCAAGAUUUCGCCCUCCCCGCAUCGCCUGCAGCCCAUGGCCCUGCGCCUGCGCCUGUCGACGAAUCAGAUCCUAAUCCUCCGAUGUCGUCCCCUCGAGCCCUCCGCUCCCCACGACUCGGUCCUCCCCCGCCCCGCUCGACAAGCGCCUCCUGUUUCGAAUUCUCCCAACGGGUGCCCGCUGUACCGCCCCGCGCCCCCCAGCGCGGCGAUGGCGUGCACGAAUAGAUUUUCAAUUAUCCGGAGCACGCAAAUUCCUUUCCCGACUGCGAGACGCGGAGCGGCCAACGCAAAUGCGCAUUACUAUCGCGGCGAGUGCACGAAUAGAUUAUCAAUUACCCGGAGCACUUAAAUUCCGUCCCGGACUAACGCAAAUGCGAAGGAUAUUACGAUGGGAUAUAUUUUGGCGGAUGGCUUGACUUGGCGCAAACAGAUAAUCAAUUAUCCGGAGCGCGCAAAUUCCUUCC